GCGCCUGGGGACGGGAGCUUGGACCAUGGUCGGACCUGACGCUGCAUCCCACUUCUGCCGUCCGCUCGUGUCUCUGGUGAACUUCCACCCGACCCCUGAGUGAAGCUGCUUCAGCAUGGACCCCAAAGGCCCCCCGGGUGGCAAAAGGCCGUCGCUGAAACGCAGCACGUCCGGCUCGCAGAGGGCGCAGAGAGCCUGGAUCGAGAGGACCUUCUGCAAGAGGGAGUGUGUUCACAUCUUCCCCAGCAAAGACACCACAAGAUGUGCCUGCGGUCAGCUGACCACGCAGCACGUGGCCAUCCCGCCCGGGGCCAGCUCCGUGGAGGAGGCCCACCCGCUGGUGCAGAUCGACUCCCACAAGGACAAGUGGACGGUGAUCAAGCACACCAGGACGUAUCCCACUGACGCCUUCGGCGUGAUCGAGUUCCAGGGCGGCGGCUUCAUCAACAAGGCCAUGUACAUCCGGGUCACCUACGACACCAAACCCGACAACCUGCUGCACCUGAUGGUGAAGGACUGGCAGCUGGAGCUGCCCACGCUGCUCAUCUCCGUCCACGGUGGCCUGCAGAACUUCGACCUCCAGCCCAAGCUCAAGCAAGUCUUCGGCAAGGGCCUGAUCAAGGCCGCCGUCACCACUGGAGCCUGGAUCUUCACUGGGGGGGUCAACACCGGUGUGAUCCGUCACGUCGGAGAUGCCCUCAAGGACCACUCGUCUAAAUCGCGAGGGAAAGUCUGCGCCAUCGGAAUCGCGCCGUGGGGAAUCCUGGAGAACAAAGAGGACCUUCUUGGGAAAGACGUGACCAGACCCUACCAGACGAUGGCCAACCCUCUGAGCAAGCUGGCCGUGCUCAACAACAGCCACUCCCACUUCAUCCUGACGGACAACGGCACGUGUGGAAAGUACGGCUCGGAGGUGAAGCUGCGACGGCUGCUGGAGAAGCACAUCUCCCUGCAGAAGAUCAACACGCGUUUGGGGCAGGGCGUCCCGCUGGUGUGUUUGAUCGUGGAAGGAGGUCCCAACGUGAUCUCCAUCGCCCUGGAGAGCCUGCGAGACGAACCUCCGGUCCCUGUGGUGGUGUGCGACGGCAGCGGACGAGCUUCGGACAUCAUCUCUUUCGCUCACAAGUUCUCCGAGGACGGCGGCCUGGUGAGCGACGACGUGCGAGACCAACUGCUGGUGACCAUCCAGAAGACCUUUAACUACAGCAAGAGUCAGUCGCAGCAGAUCCUGCUGAUGGUGAUGGAGUGCAUGAAGAAGCGGGAGCUGAUCACAGUCUUCCGAAUGGGCUCUGAAGGUCAGCAGGACAUUGAGAUGGCUAUUCUCACUGCUUUGCUAAAAGGCACGAACGCGUCGGCCUCUGACCAGCUGAGUUUGGCUCUGGCCUGGAACAGAGUGGACAUCGCUCGCAACCAUAUCUUUGUUUAUGGCCACAACUUACCACCGGCAGGUGCUAUCGCUAACACGGCGACCGCGAUGGCUACAUCCCAGGAGAAGCAGAGGAGUCCAGCCAGUGCCCCUCGUAACAAGGCCAGAGGCAAGAAGGGCAAAGGGAAGGGGAAAGCGAAACCAGAGCCGCCAGAGGAAACAGAUCCAAGGAAGCUGGAGUUGAUACGAUGGGUGAACUCUCUGGAGCAGGCCAUGAUGGACGCGCUGGUCCUGGACCGGGUGGACUUUGUCCGGCUGCUUCUGGAGAACGGUGUCAACAUCCAUCACUUUCUCACCAUCCCCAGACUGGAGGAGCUCUACAACACGAAACUGGGCCCGGCCAACACCCUGCACGCCGUGGUCCGGGACGUCAAGAAGGGUAACCUUCCACCUGACUAUCAGAUCACGUUGAUCGACAUCGGCCUGGUGCUGGAGUACCUCAUGGGCGGGGCUUACCGCAGCAAUUACACCAGGAAGGCUUUUCGAAACCUCUACAAUAACUUGUAUGGACUAAAGCGGCCGAAAGCUCUAAAGCUGCUGGGGAUGGAGGACGACGAGCCCAGAACAAAAGGAAAGAAGAAGCCGAAGAAGAAGAAGGAGGAAGAGGUGGAGAUUGAUGUCGACGACCCGGAAGUGUGUCGGUUCAAGUUCCCCUUCCACGAGCUGAUGCUCUGGGCGGUGCUGAUGAAGCGCCAGAGGAUGGCACGCUUCCUCUGGCAGCGUGGAGAAGAAGCCAUGGCCAAAGCUCUGGUGGCCUGCAAGCUGUUCCGGGCGAUGGCCCACGAGUGCUCCGAGAGCGAGCUGGUGGACGACAUCUCGCAAGACCUGGAGAACAACUCCAAGGAGUUUGGGCAGCUGGCCUACGAGCUGCUGGAUCAGUCCUACAAGCACGACGAACAGGUAGCAAUGAAGCUCCUCACGUACGAGUUGGUCAACUGGAGCAACUCCACCUGUCUGAAACUGGCCGUGGCAGCCAAGCAGCGGGACUUCAUCGCCCACACCUGCAGUCAGAUGCUGCUCACCGACAUGUGGAUGGGCUCUUUGAGGAUCGGCAAGAACCCGGGUCUCAAGGUUAUUCUGGGAAUCAUCUUCCCGCCUUUGAUCUUGCUCCUGGACUUCCGUGUGGGGGACGACGCGAGCUACAACGCCUCAGCGGCUAAAGAAGAAGGAAAAGACAAAGAGGAUGACAACAAAUCCAGCAGGGUUCAGUUUCAUUUUUUCACUCCCCGGGACGCCAACGAUGCGACGUCUCGAAAGGGGGAUGAAGAGGAAGGCAACGCGAAUGUUCGCAAAAUCCCAAUCGGCAAAAGACUGUUUGAGUUUUAUGACGCGCCCUUCACCAAGUUCUGGUUCAACACUAUUUCCUACCUCGGGUAUCUGAUGCUGUACAACUACAUUAUCCUGGUGAAGAUGGAGCGGUGGCCUUCCAUACAGGAGUGGACCGUGAUCGCCUACAUCCUGACUCUUGGGACAGAGAAAGCCAGACAGAUCCUCAUGUCGGAGCCAGGGAAGCUGAAGCAGAAGAUCAGCGUGUGGAUGGAGGAGUACUGGAACAUCACAGACCUGGUGGCCAUCUCCACCUUUCUCCUCGGGCUCAUGCUCCGACUGCAGCAUGAGCCCUACAUGGGCUACGGCAGAGUCAUCUACUGCAUAGACAUCAUCUUCUGGUACAUCCGGGUCCUGGAUAUCUUCGGGGUCAACAAGUACCUGGGCCCCUACGUGAUGAUGAUCGGGAAGAUGAUGAUCGACAUGAUGUACUUCGUGGUCAUCAUGCUGGUGGUGCUCAUGAGCUUCGGGGUGGCUCGGCAGGCCAUCCUCCACCCGGACGAGGAGCCCACGUGGCGUCUGGCCAGGAACAUUUUCUAUAUGCCCUACUGGAUGAUCUAUGGGGAGGUUUUUGCGGACUCGAUAGACCGUAAGACUAGAAUUCAUAUUUACGCGAUGGAAAUCAACCCCCCGUGUGGUGAGCACUUAUACGACGAGGACGGGAAGAAGCUUCCCCCCUGCAUCCCUGGAGCCUGGCUCACCCCGGCCAUCAUGGCCUGCUACCUGCUGGUGGCCAACAUCCUCCUGGUCAACCUGCUCAUCGCCGUCUUCAACAACACGUUCUUUGAGGUCAAGUCCAUCUCCAACCAGGUGUGGAAGUUCCAGCGGUACCAGCUCAUCAUGACCUUCCACGACCGCCCCAUCCUGCCUCCGCCGCUCAUCAUCUUCAGCCACCUCUACAUCCUCUUCAACCGGCUGUUCCGCAAGUGCGCCAGGAAGAGACAGGAGGGGGAGCUGGACGAGAAGGACCGAGGCCUCAAGCUGCGGCUGAACCCUGAGGAGCUGAAGAACCUCUAUGAGUUUGAAGAGCAGUGUGUGGAGGAGUACUUCAGAGAGAAGGAGGACGAGCAGCAGUCGUCGAGCGACGAACGCAUCAAAGUGACCUCGGAGAGGGUGGAGAACAUGUCGAUGCGUCUGGAGGAGGUGAACGAGCGAGAGAACACCAUGAAAGCCUCACUGCAGACCGUGGACCUGCGCCUGGCCCAGCUGGAGGAGAUCCACGGGCGCAUGGCCGCCGCCCUGGAGAAACUGGCUGGCGUGGACAAGUCGGAACUCACCCGGACUCACUCCAGGAACUCCUCGGUGUGCGACCCGUCCUCGCUGCUCCGCCAGGGCAGCAUCAACAGCGCCGACGGUUACAGUCUCUACCGCUUCCACAUGGACAUGGAGGAGUUCGCCACCAGGCAGGAGGAGACAGCACGGUCCGGCCUGGAGAGGCAGCGCAGUCUCCGCCAGGCGUCCAGCGCAGAGGGAGGUCUGAACUUGGACGCGCCUGCUCUCCUCAGAUCCAGACGCGGAUCCUGUGUCGACAUCCUGAUAUCUCCAUGCGAAGCCAAGCCCGAGUCCACCACAUCCAGCCAGGACACGCUCAGCCACAAGGAGAACCAGGGCAGCACGGCUCUGCUGGACCGACUCAUGGACCACAACAGACUCAGACCUUCUUCUCCUCCUAAAAGGACUAAAUCCCUCAAACAUUACCCAGGUGAAGACCAAACCAAAUCUCCUUUAUCCAAGAGAAGGUCCAUGAGCACCAUCAUCAUCAGCCCACCUGAUGAACCAGAGCCCAGCCAAACUGCGCAGCUUCCACUCGGCCAAUCAUGUUCUCCAAAGAGGACUAAGUCUUUGAGAUAUGUUCCUACUGAGCCCCCGGCGUCUCCCCUCACGAGGAAGAGGGCCAUGAGCAGCAUCAUCUACAGCCCAGUGGAGGAGCAGAGCCCAGUGGGUUACAGGACUCCUGUGGAGCAGAUGAAUGCAGCGCCAAAUCAAUGGCCUGAAAACCUGGAGUACAAGGUUCACCCCAGCGCCCUGGGCCACCUGCCGAAGGUCUCAACGGUCAGAACUCCAGCACCGUCCGAGGCUGUGGAGAUCCAGGCACGUCCUGAAUCCCUGACUGUGACCGAAGAACCAAGCAAAGUGAAGGUGAAGAGGAACAUGUCCGACUCCACCGAUUACCUGACUGUGGACGACAGCCGCUACCGGUCAAGAAGCUGGAACAGCAGCGACCGGAAAGCCAAGAGCUUAGUGGUCAGGAAGGAGGCCAGAGCUUCCAGUUGUGAGCGAUGUCCUGCUGGAGUCAGACGGGUGGCAGGCGAGGAGGGGAAGCCGGGAGCGGAGAAGUCAGAGGACGAAGGAAACAAAUGAACGGCUGGGAAGAUACAAUGUCUUCAGUCAUGAGGAGGUGGUGAAGAAAGAGCUGAGCCAAAAGACAUCGCUCUCCAUUUAACAGCUGAACUAAGUUCCGUCUCUCAGCUGUGGUCACAACGAAAGGUGGCUGGACUCUACCUCAGAGUUAAGCUGAGGAGCUCAGUCAUCCAUGAGAGACUCAAAGUAGAACCAGAAAAGCCAGUUGAGGCUGCUCAGGAGAACCCCGGUCAUUAUUUUCCUACAACAGCUGGAGGAGGUUUCAGAAGAAGCUUGUAAACUGUGCUGCCCCCGCGACCUGAUAAAACUGACUCUGCAGUGGAAGAAAAAUCCCCCACACGGCUCUUCUGUGAUCCUUUACUGCUCCUCAGUGCAACAUACAGUAGCUCACAUGGACAAUCAUUCACAUCACAGCUUCUCAAAAAAGCUUUUCACGUGACAAAAAAAAAGCUGCCGAUAGUGCAAAUCAAACAUUUCAAUGUGCGAAGACAAAAAAAAAAGAAAAACACUUCUCUGUAAACACUGUGCUUCAUCACACACCUACUGCAUACAUGCAAACACCCACUAACAUCGCUCCCCCCCUCCGGGUCCGACAACACUGAAAAGAUGAAAUAAAACAUACAGAAAGAUUUCGCCUUUUU